GACAAACCAAAAAAGGAGGGAAAAAAAAAGGUAAUACUCAGGACAAGAAGGAAAAAAAAAAAGCAAAGAGAAACGAAGGAACACUUCCCUGCCGGUGGUCGCAGAUCAAGGCGCAGCCCGACUCUAAUAAUAUCCCACACCAUCAUCGUUCAUCCUUCGCUCGUUUAAAAGUCUAUAUACACCCCCCUCGUGUUCCCUUCCUUUCAUUAUGUCUUCCGCCCAAGACGAAUUCAACCGUCUGGUUCAGUCCAAUCGAGAGAAGUACUCUACACAUCCUGAGGAUCGUGACAACGACUCGGAUCACGACUCCAACCCUUCGGACGACGAACAAGAUCACCCGCAGUUCUCGGACUCCGAGGACCACGAUCCCACCAUGAGAACCGGCUCGUCCACCUACCAUGUCCCAAACAUUGUCUUCGAUGCCAACACCGGUCCCAAAGGUGUUAUAGCCGAUGCCCAGGCCUUCGAGCGCGCGCGCGCAAGUUCCUUCCGCAAAACACUGCAUCAUCCUGACCAUGCUAAAUACAUUACCGACGAUUCCCAUCUUCUGCACAAUACUCCGCCUCCGGAUGGCUCGCUCAGUGAUGAGGAUGAGGAACACUUUCUCCGCCAAUGGCGCGAAGAGCGCAUACAGGAACUGAGGAACCGGAGCUUUCGGCGGCCUAGUCCCCGGCGGAGGAUGUAUGGGUCAGUCGAUACAGUCGAUGCGGUCGGAUACCUUGAUGCCAUUGAGAAGGUCACAUCCGAUACGGUAGUGGUCGUCUGUAUAUAUAAUCCCGAGUCAAAGAGUAGCGCUCUAGUAGAAGGCUGCCUGGAAGGUGUUGCGCGCAGAAACCCAACCGUCCGCUUCGUUAAGCUCCAUCAUGAAAUUGCCGAGAUGGAUCAUAUCAAGGCUCCGGCAUUGUUGGCCUACAGAGGUGGUGAUGUUUUUGAGACCAUCGUCGAGAUCAUCCGACAGAUUCCGAAAGGUCGCGACUGUACCUCCCACACUUUAGAAGAUUUACUCAAACUAUACCGAGUGCUGUAAAUAUCCACUCGUUCCUACGAGAUACUUAUAUGAAAAAUACGGGUCGAAGUGCGCCGGGCGCUAUGACUUCUUCCUCCCUUAGCAUCAUUGUCGAGCGUUAG